CUGCCCACUUUAAAACAUAGACUUAUGACACAUAAAAUUGCGCUGUCAGCAACAGUGUGUUCCUUCAGUCACCCUGACUUACUGGACUGUCAGAAGGCAGAAGGGGUUGAACUGCUAACAUGUCAGUCAAUCUGGCGGGCAACAUUUUGGUAACUGGGACCAGCAGAGGUAUUGGUUUGGAAUUGGUCAAACAGCUGGCAGAAAAGACGGGAAAAGAAGCUCACAUUUAUGCAGGUUGCAGAGACCCUGAAGGGAAGAGAGCCAAGGAUGUGAGGGACCUGGCCACUCAGUUUCCUGGAAAAAUCACCAUAAUCAAAUUAGACAUGUCAGAUGAAGACAGUAUGUCAGCUGCUUUCCAGACAGUCAGCCGGCAGAUAGAACCUGCUGGGUUGAACCUCCUCAUUAACAACGCUGCUAUCAACAAACCAGAUGCUCCAGCAUCAAUGUUAGCCACCAGGAAACAGGACAUGAUGGAGGUGUACGAAACCAACGUUACCGGACCCUUUAUCCUCACAAAGGUUUUUCUUCCUCUUCUGCAGAGAGCUGCAAAGACAAACGACGAAGGUGAUCCAAUGUCCUGCAGAAGGUCAGCUGUCAUCAACAUAUCCACUCUAUUGUCAUCCAUGGAGAGGUGUCCAGAAACCUUUCAGUCUGCACAGAUGUACCCCUACAGGACCAGCAAGGCAGCACUGAACAUGCUGACUCGUUGUCAAGCUGAAGACUUCAGAAUCCAUAACAUCAUGGUGACGGCCAUCCACCCAGGCUGGGUUCGUACGGAGAUGGGUGGAGAACAGGCCCCUCUGACCACCCAGGAAAGCGUAGCUGGAAUGCUCAGUGUGAUAUCAACACUAAGCAACAAAGACACAGGAAAGCUUCUGGACGGCGAGAGCAAUGCAAUCCCCUGGUAGUCAUUCUGAGCACUAUGCCAAAUUAAAUUACAAACGGCUUCACAAUAAAAAGUUUUUAUCACUUGUAUCUGUGUUGUAAAAGUACAUAUCUGAAUGAUGUUUAAUAAAGUCAAACUGAGAUCAUGA